AUGCCCAGCAAUAAUAUCGAGGCAUGGUUCACUUCGAUGGAUUUUUGGUUCACGGCUUCUGGGAUUACCUCCGACAAACAACAGGCAGAAACCGUGUUUGCAGCACUCGACCCCACAGUGAUUGGUCAAUUAUCGGGGGUGAUCGCAUCAAUGCCGCAACAGGAUCGGUUUGAGUACGUCAAAGCGAAAAUAAUCGAACAUUUCGCUGAUAGCGAACAGAGGCGCUUAAAUCGACUUCUUUCCGAGCUUCCACUCGGAGAUAAAAAGCCCUCCGAAUUAUACUUCGAAAUGAAGCGUGUCGCCGGAAGCACACUAGGGGAAGCUGCCUUGAAGGGUCUCUGGACUAAACGGCUCCCAGAAUUCGCCCAACCGGUCGUAGCUGCCUCGUCGGGUACCGCUGCGGAAUUUACAAAAAUUGAAGACUCAAUCAUAGGCGCAGUUGUUCCACAUCACGUUAAUGGAGUGGAAUCGAGAGUUACCAACGAAAUAAAAUCAACUACGUGCAACUGUAGAAGACCUAGGCAAACGACUUGA